UGACAAAAUGGAACACACUAGCAGUGUGAGGAGACCUGAAAGUGGCACAUGGCAUGGCAGAGUGUGGCGAUGGAGACAGCAGCAAUGGGGAGGCCGUACAGGGACCCAUGACACACUGUGGACCUGGCAGCAGCGUGAGGAGGCGGUACAGGGGCCCAUGGCAGAUUAGGGGCCUGGCCGCAGCAAUGUGAGCCCGUAAUCUGCCAGCAUCCUAUGACAAAAUGGAACCCAGCAGCAGUGUGAGGACACCUGAAAGUGGCACAUGGCAGAGUGUGGCGAUGGAGACAGCAGCAAUGGGAGGCCGUACAGGGACCCAUGACACACUGUGGACCUGGCAGCAGCGUGA